UUCAGGAGAAGGAACAGCUUGUCCAUGAUAUCCUCAUGUUUCAAGUUGUGCACCGGGUUGAAGCCCCAUUCCAAAGGUUCCAAGAGGGGCUUAAAACCCUUGGAGUUUUGGGAAAGCUCCAGAAGAGCCCAGACAGCUUCCGCCCUCUAUUCUGCCAUCAGCAAUCUGCACUGACUGCUGAGAUAAUGGAGGAUUUGUUCCCCAUCCAUCUAUCUGCGCAAGGCAGCAACAAGAGGAGAGCAGAGGAGAUGGUGGUUCCCUACUGGAGAGACUACCUAAUUGAUGCGGAAGAUCAAGAGGGUCCUUCCAAACUUGAGCAAAUCCUUGCCUUUGCCACGGGAGCGACAGUGAUCCCACCAAUUGGCUUCCAACCUAUGCCAUCUAUUGAUUUCCUGCACGAGGAGGAGUAUGGAGACUCUGCUGUGUCAAACCUCCCUCUUGCAAAUACAUGCAUAAACUGUCUCAAGCUGCCGUUGCACAGCUCAUACUCUGUGUUCAAGGCAAAACUGGACUUUGCCUUUGCCAAUACACAUGGCUUUGGCAGAGCUUAAAUUGUCCAAGACAAAAUAUUGUUGUUACACAAA